AUGAGAGGGUCUGCGUCGUUGGUAACUUUGAACCACAAGAUUCUCCGUCCAUGUAGGAAACUCCUGAUCAGAAUCACCAAGAGCUGUCCUAGACGCCAAACCCGCCAUUUGAAACUCAAGAAAGCAUCGUCUUCAACCAAGUCAGGGAACAGAGUGACCAAAGUGGUGGCUUUGUUCUUCCUCUCUUUCCAUAAGAAGAAGCAGAAGAAAGAGAAGAUGAAGCGGCUUAACGAACUAAGGAGCUACUCGCACGCUGUCAGUGACCAGAAGAAGAAGAAGAAAGCCUCAAACCAAGAACCAAGAAAGAAGAAAGUGUUCACAUCAAGACUCACAAUGUCUUGGCUAGGUCAAGGUAAGGGUAACAACACACAGGAGGUCCCACAAGAUCAAGAUCCACGUAGAGACAGCACAAGCGCAUUCAUUCCGUGAUAAUUAAAACAGGACACGCCAAGAUCAAAUUUUAUCAAUUUCAACUCCAUUUUCUCUCAAUGUACACUAAAGAAAUUUAUUCUCUGUAGCUCAAGAUCAUUCAUUCGUGUGUCCGUUGGUGGUCAUGAUAAAAUGUUACAUAAAUAUUGAUGCAGGUGACGAUUUUGUA